CGUCCGGUGGGCUGGUCGGUUCCUACGUAGCCAGGCUGCCCGCUGAGCGCUCGCGCUGUCCGACGGGUGGAGUUUGGCUUCAGUCCGCCAGACAAAGACAAAGUGAUGGAGCAGUGAGAGCAGCUGGACCGACGCUGGACCCAACGUGACUGGAGGUGACACUGAGCUGCAAAGCCCCUGGAUCUUCACCACACAAGAGAACCACCUGCUGGGCUCGGUUGUUUUGGUUUCAUUGUUUACAUCUGUUUCACCAGCGGGAAGCUCCUCUCCAACAGCAAAAGGACAUCUGCAGAAAAGGAUAGACCAUUACUUCAGCACAACUGCUUUCAAGAGUCAACUCACCUUUUCCUGGAGUUGAAUUCAGCUCAGUUUCAGAAGCUGGUUCAUGGUGAAACUAAUGAAAUUCAUGGAUAUUUCCCACAAGGGUAACUUCAAAAUGCUCCUUUGUAUUUGUAUCAAUACUCUGUUCAUUGUGAGGAGAAGCUCCAUCCCCAAGGUUUCUCGAUGAAGGCCUGUUUGUGACAAAAGACAAGGGCCACUUGGGGCCAGGAGGUGGGGACCAGAACUUCCUUUGACAUCUGCUCCACCCCGUGAUUUCAACAGUUUAAUCUAUUUGUCCUGCUGACUUCAAGAUGGAGCUCUUCUUCAAUCCUUUUGAUAACUUGGUGUGUAUCCUGCUGGGCAUCUCCUUCACCGUGUGGUUCACCCUGCUGCUGGUCUUCAUCAUUGUGCCUGCCAUCUUUGGGGUGUCGUUUGGCAUUCGCCGUCUUUACAUGAAAACGUUGUUAAAGAUCUUUGAGUGGGCCACACUCAGGAUAGAGAGAGGAGCGAAGGAAAAGAAUCACCUCCUGUAUAAACCCUACUCAAAUGCUAUCAUUGCCAGGGAGCCCACGUCCUUGGAGGAGGAAAUCAAGGAGAUCCGGCGGAGCGGCAGCAACAAAGACCUGGACGCAGCCCCCGAGUUUGAGAUGUCUGACAUCUUCUAUUUUGCUCGACGAGGAGUGGAGAGCAUCAUGGAUGAUGAGGUGACAAAGCGGUUCUCUGCUGAGGAGUUGGAGUCCUGGAAUCUGCUAACACGCAGCAACUACAACUUUCACUAUAUCAGCCUGAGACUGACCGUCCUAUGGGGGCUGGGUCUGCUGAUCCGCUACGGUUUCCUGCUACCUCUCAGGGUAACUCUUGCCUUCACAGGUGUAGGCCUCCUCGUGUUCCUCACCUCUGUUGUUGGGCUGCUGCCAAAUGGAAGGAUGAAAAACUUCCUGAGUGAGAAAGUCCAUCUGAUGUGCUACAGAAUAUGUGUCAGAGCUCUGACUGCCAUUAUAACCUACCAUGACAGUGAGAAUAAACCCAAGAAUGGAGGCAUCUGUGUUGCUAACCACACAUCGCCGAUCGAUGUCAUCAUCCUGGCCAGUGACGGCUGCUAUGCUAUGGUUGGCCAAAUUCACGGUGGCUUGAUGGGGGUCAUUCAGAGAUCCAUGGUCAAAGCCUGCCCACACGUUUGGUUUGAACGCUCAGAAGUAAAAGACAGACAUCUAGUGGCCAAAAGGUUGAGUGAUCAUGUAGAGGAUAAAUCUAAACUGCCCAUUCUCAUCUUCCCAGAAGGUACCUGCAUUAACAACACCUCAGUUAUGAUGUUCAAGAAGGGCAGCUUUGAGAUUGGAGCCACAGUUUACCCUGUUGCCAUUAAGUAUGAUCCCCGAUUUGGAGACGCUUUCUGGAACAGCAGCAAGUUUGGAAUGGUCAACUACCUCCUACGUAUGAUGAGCAGCUGGGCCAUCGUCUGCAGCGUGUGGUACCUUCCUCCCAUGUCUAGAGAGGAGGGAGAGGACGCUGUACAAUUCGCCAAUCGUGUAAAAGCCGCCAUAGCCAGGCAAGGAGGACUGGUUGACCUCUUGUGGGAUGGAGGAUUGAAGAGAGGAAAGGUAAAAGAUACCUUUAAAGAAGAGCAGCAGAAGCUGUACAGUAAAAUGCUGGUGGGCACCCAAGAGGAUCGCAGCCGCUCCUGAAGGACCUUUAUGGACGUGGACUGGUUCAGAGACCCAGCUGUGCUCCUCUGUCUAAACAGACAGCAGUGGUCUCUCUGUAUUGGAGCACCUGGACUGGAAAAUUCUCUCCCUGAUGUCAACAGUACUCCAUUUGGCUUCCUCGGUCACUGCCUCAGCCCGGCAUGUUAAGUUUGCAUCGCUGUUACGGGUCAUUCUGGGUCUGCUGCCCUGUGUUGGAAUAGCUUGACUUGAAGCCUUGCUUGCAUUAGAAAUGAAAAUCCGGUGCACACAGAAAGUCUUCCUUGGUGGCAGUCUUUAGGGGGAAAACGUGUAUUAUUAUCUAUCAUUGAGUUCCUGUCUUUGUUUGAUAGUUACAACUUUAAUUUUUAAGAUUUUACUGUCAUGUUUGUAUCACGCUGUGUUUAAGACCUGGUCGUACCUGGGAUGUAGAAGAGAGUUAUUGUAGAUAAAUACUAGUUUGUUCUAAAGCCAAAAGCUGCGACUGAGUUGGGAUUUUCCAUGACUGACUUGUACCCAUGGUUGAGGGCACAAUGCCAGAUUUUGUUACAUUUCAGAUAUUGUUAUGGGCUUUUUCCAAGAGAGAAACAAAGAACUUGUAUUUGAAGCUUUGUGUUUUACAUUACGAAUCGUAUGAACACACGUGGUCACUAUAGGAGCUGCAUUGCAGACAAGCUCCUGUUGUAUUGUCUGUUUCUGUGUUUUUUCCAUGGAAUGUGUAAGUCCUCACAUUAUGAAGUGGAAAUUGUGCACCAAUUGUUACUCUGACGGAGGUUUAUGGAUUUUAGGCAGAUCUUCCUGUUCCAGCUAAUCAUGCAGCAUAACUGGAGUAAAGAGAUUUAUAGUCCAGUCAGUAAGAAGUCCUCUGGGAUGUUUUUAGCAUUGUCCCUUUAAGGCUAAUGGCAUACAGGUAUCGAUAUAAUGACCAUCACUUCUGGUCUCUUGACUAAAACAUAGUUAUAAUGGCUAUAAUUAGCUGAUAAAUAUUCAUACUAAUACACUCCCAAACGGACAUGUCAUUGGCUUCCUGCUUGUGCAGCGACCAUCUUGCCUCAUUUAUUUUAAGUGAACUCUAAAAACGAUUGUCUUUAUUUCCCCGCUCAGUAAUGACCUUUCUCCUACUUGACAACCUCAAGGAGGUUUCAUGGAGAGCCUGCAGCUGUAGUCUGGACUUCCCAUUCGGCUGGACUCAAGGAACAUGGCGGGCAGCUUCACGGGUUUCAUCCUGAGGCCUUUAACUCACUAGUUUGAUAUUAUCAGGGACAGUUGUCUAGAUGGUUUCAAAUCAGUUCAUCAAAAUAAAUGUUCAAGAAUGUGACUCUA